UGAUUCCACCAAUUGGAAAUUUCUAACCUUUCGUCAUUUUUAGCUGAAUUUUGAUGGAAAAGGAGAAGAAGAUCGAGCUUAAAUAUUCUCCCAAAUCUCUCUCUCACACACUCCGACAGCAAUGACGCGGCCAUUUCACCCCUCAAUUUCCACAUAGUUGCGGGAUCAGCACCGGAUCUCGCCGCCAUUGAUUCCAGCAACUCGUGAUCUGCGGCUCUCGUAUGCAAUUGGACCGGAGGAAAUUGAGUUGGGGGGAAAAAAAUUCGACUGAUUCAGCGCAGAAAUGGCGGGAGCAGCAUCGGCGCUGUUCCUACUGGACAUUAAGGGUAGGGUUCUGGUGUGGCGGGACUACCGCGGAGACGUCUCCGCCUCUCAGGCCGAACGCUUCUUCGCUAAGCUAAUGGAGAAAGAGGGUGAUCCAGAGACUCAGGAUCCUGUUGUUUACGAUAAUGGUGUGACAUACAUGUUUAUACAACACAACAAUGUAUAUCUCAUGACUGCAUCUCGGCAGAACUGCAAUGCUGCUAGCCUUCUUUUAUUCCUACACCGAGUAGUUGAUGUCUUCAAGCACUACUUUGAAGAAUUAGAAGAGGAAUCUCUUAGAGAUAAUUUUGUUGUAGUGUAUGAGCUACUGGACGAAAUUAUGGACUUUGGCUACCCGCAAUAUACUGAAGCCAAGAUUCUCAGUGAGUUCAUAAAGACUGAUGCUUACAGGAUGGAAGUGGCACAGAGGCCUCCGAUGGCUGUCACAAAUGCAGUGUCAUGGCGCAGCGAAGGGAUACGCUACAAAAAGAAUGAAGUCUUUCUUGAUGUUGUGGAGAGUGUCAAUAUACUAGUCAAUAGUAAUGGCCAAAUAAUUAGGUCAGAUGUCGUCGGGGCACUAAAGAUGCGAACGUAUUUGAGUGGUAUGCCCGAGUGUAAGCUUGGACUAAAUGACAGAGUUUUGCUUGAGGCACAAGGGCGAGCUACUAAGGGAAAAGCCAUUGAUCUCGAUGACAUCAAAUUUCAUCAGUGUGUGCGCUUGGCCCGGUUCGAGAACGACAGAACCAUAUCCUUCAUACCUCCUGAUGGAUCGUUUGAUCUUAUGACUUACAGGCUCAGCACUCAGGUAAAGCCUCUAAUAUGGGUUGAAGCUCAGGUAGAAAGGCACUCUAGGAGCCGUAUAGAAUUUAUGGUAAAAGCCAGGAGCCAGUUCAAGGAGCGUAGCACUGCAACUAAUGUUGAAAUUGAGUUACCCGUGCCUCCUGAUGCUACCAAUCCAAAUGUUCGUACAUCAAUGGGAUCUGCUGCUUAUGCUCCAGAAAAUGAUUCACUAAUUUGGAAAAUAAAAUCUUUUCCAGGUGGCAAGGAAUAUAUGUUGAGAGCAGAGUUUAGGCUUCCCAGUAUCGCAUCAGAGGAAGCAGCUCCAGAAAGAAAGGCUCCUAUAAGGGUGAAAUUUGAAAUACCAUAUUUCACUGUUUCAGGAAUACAGGUCCGUUACUUGAAAAUCAUCGAAAAGAGUGGCUACCAGGCUCUCCCAUGGGUGAGGUAUAUAACAAUGGCUGGUGAAUACGAGCUUAGACUUAUUUGAUUGCAACCUCUCCGCACGAUAUGCUAGCCUGCCAUGCUCGAACUUCACUCGUAUCGACAGCCAUGCCCGUUUCAUGUGUCUCUAAGAAGUGGCUGUACAGCAAAUCAUUCAUCAAUUGGGAGUUGUUCCAUCUUGUUGCUGUUUGUAUCAUGGGAAUAUUUGUAAUCGUUAAUGUCACAUUGUUCAUUUGCUCAACCUUUUUCUCUUUCCCUAUCAAAGUGCAAGUUUUGGAUUGAAAAUACACUGUUACUCUGUAUAGGAGAAGCACUAAAUACUAAUCAGCUGGUCUUUGUACCUGGUUGUCGUUUGUGAGAAAUGUACUUCAACCUUCGGGGCUUUCGGGCGCGCAAUCUCUCGAGUUCGUGCCUCCGAUGCCCGACCCCGUCGUCGGACGGAUGUUGCAAGGUUGUUCCUGGUUGUGAUGGUGGUGUGUUUUUGCUUUCAAAAUGAUUAACAAGUUUGUCAAUUUUCCA